AUGUCGCAAGUGCCUGCAACUUCGGUUUCGGGUUCAAUUUCGGGCUCUGGCUCAGCUUCAGACAAAAUCGCCCCCAACCCAUUGUCGUCAACACCCGGUCCUGCCGCUCCUGUGGUUGCUACUGCUUCUCUGGUUCUGCGGCCGUGCUCCAACUGCCGCCGCGCAAACAUUGCAUGCCUUCAAAGCCAUCGCCCGCCAAGAUGGAUCCACCGCCUCCAACAUUUCACCCGCUCUGCCACCGCACCUAGCACUAUCGGUGCCCCCGAAGGUACCAACGGCCCCAAGCAACAGGGCGUUGAUAAGGUCGUUGACAGGCUGCGGAACCGCGAGGCACUCGUCAAGCAGCUCAGGGCCCAGCUAGAAGAGGCACGCGCUGCCGCGAGCCCGCCCGCCCUCCCACUCGUUGUCCGCGAUGACGACGAUCCCGGCCGCAGCCACUACGCGGGCACCGGCUUUUGGUCUCGUGUAAACUACGAGGAUACCUGUGAUGAUUCUGACGACGAAUCAACGCCUGGAGUCUCAGCUCCCGCCCUAGCCGAGCAUGAGCGGACAUCCUCAGGGCGACAUGCGUUCUUGUUUCGACACAACCCAAGUCCCUCGGUUCCCAGCCUUCGCGAAUUCUAUCCAAUGCCCUCGCAGAUUCCUGUCCUCCUCGACAUCUUUUCUGAAAACUUGAAUGUGGCAAUGGGGCUGCUUUAUAUGCCCAUGGUUGUCCGGAUGGCCCGCGAUUUGCGCGGUAGUGAUAUGGUCCGUCUUUCACCUUCCAACCAGGCUUUGAUGUUCUCCAUCUACUAUGCUUCCAUAGUCUCUAUAGAGGAAGAUGAUGUUAUGGCCAACUUUGGAGAAUCCAGAGUCGGCCUCUCUCUCAAGUAUCCCCUCGGUCUCGAGCAAGCCCUUGCCGAGGCCGACUUCUUGAACGCCCCUGAUAUAAUCCUGUUCAGGGCACUCUCUUUAUUUAUCUGCCUGCUUCUUCGCCACGAUAGCCCGAGGUUAGUAUGGAUGAUGACGGGAAUCGUUAUCAGGAUGGCCGAGUACCUUGAGUUGCAUCGAGAUAGCACAAAUUUCAGCCACUUGACGGCCUUUGGGAUUGAAAUGCAGCGAAGGCUCUGGUGGACAGUUUGUAGGCUGGAUUUAGGGGCAUAUAAGGACCAGGAGACCGACUUGGCCAUAGCGAGCGGCAGCUUCGACGCCAAACUGCCAGGCAGCAUCAAUGAUGCGGAUAUCAGCCCUGAGACAAAGGUGAUGCCUUUGGAACGCGAUGGAAUAACCGACAUGUCGUUCUCUCGCAUAUCCAUCGGUCUUUACAAUAUCACGAGGCGAAUAAUCGAGCUAACCAAGGGGGGUGCUGUAGAUUUGCCCGACCAGAGCCGCCUCUUGAACAAGAUCUAUCAAGAGUAUGAGGAUGGCUACUUCAGAUACAUAAAUGACUCCGGUAACGUUGCGUAUUGCGUUGCAGUCAUCAUCGCGCGGCUUACGUACACGCAUUGGUACACCAUCAUAUUUCUCUUACUUAAAACUUCGGGCCGAUGGCCAUGGUCGCCUACUAUCGAGAGAGCUUAG